AUAAUUAUUUACAUUUACUUGGUAAUUUUUAAUUUUCCAAUAUAUUUGUGCAAUAUUUCGAACUGGAAAUUGGAGUAAAUUUCAAUAAAAUAAUAUUUGUUAAUGUAUGAUUAUAUCGUCGCUACUAAAAGUAAAUUAAAUCGCUGUUCUGUUCAACCGUUCAAGAGGAUUUAAAAUUCUCUUCUUAUCAGACAGACCAUGUAAUAUUCUAUUUAUACAGAUAACGAUUAUCACUCCAAGCACUGAAAUGAUUAAAGUAUUUCAUCAGUAUCGUUGGAGUCACCGUACGUUUCAGAAAAUGAGUAAUCGAGUCAAUUCUAUAGUACGGCGGAGCGUACCUUGUUACUUUUGUAACGAUUUUUUCGAAGAGAAAUAUCUAUACGAUCACGUGAAACAUUGCGGAUCGGUUUUAGAAGAAUGUUCUUUCAAAUGUGGAGUUUACGUACCUCGAAAAAAUAUGGAAGAUCAUCGAAAAACAUGCAGAAAUUUUACGAAAGAGAAUAAUGAAAUGAAGGAAGUUCAAGAUUCUUUAUGGAGAAGUAAAGUGUUCUCUGCUCUAAGAUUGCUUCGUUCUGUAAUAAACCAUGAGGAAAAAGAACGCAAAAUUCUCCAGGAUAAUAUGUCUCAAUGUUUAAAGUUAUUGAACUCUCAACAAGAAUUGAUUAAUUCCUUCCGGUUUCAAGUUGCGGAAACGACAAAAGUAUGUUAUCAAUAUAAUACAACGUUAAAUCAAAGAUUAAAUGAUUUAGAAGUAACUAGCGACAACAUGGAACAGCGCACCAGCUUAAGUUUUCAACGUAUCUCGGAACAACUGAAACUUUUACACAGUGAAUUGACUAAUGAACAAAGUAAGCAUAAUAAAGUACUUGGUGAUUGGUACAUAGAAUUAAAUGAUCUAAAAGCUUUCGUAACAAAAGAGAACGUACACAUAAAUAACAUAUGGCAAGAACAACAGCAAUCAAUUCACGAUCUUAAAUUAGAAUUAGAAAUGAGGUGUAAGAAUUCGAAGGAAUUAGUGGAUCAACAAAAAUAUAUAAUUGAGAAAAUAAAAAAUUUAGAAGAAGAAAUAGAGCGGCAAUCAGAAACCUCAACUAGCCAGAAAAGUAAUAUUAAAGGGUUGAAGUUUCAAAUGAAAGAAAAUCUAAAGUAUCUGGAGGAAUUGAUUACGGAUAAUUCAAAAUUAAAUAUUCCGGAAUUCGUCGAGUGUCCAUGUAAACAGGAAUGUUUUGAACAAUAUUCAACUAAUGGUCGUCUUUUAUGGAGAAUUGACCGUUAUAAAGAAAAAAUGACCGAAGCAAAAGAAAAUGACUGCGUUCUUUAUAGUCCAAAAUUUUUAAAUAAAGAAUAUGGAUAUACUUUGAGAAUGAAGCUAUUUCUAAAUGGUAUAGGACAGUGGAAAGAUCGACAUAUUAUCGGAUGCCUACAAGUUGAAACCGGAAAAUGGGAUCCAUUGUUGGAUUGGCCUUGUGUCCUUAGAGCAACAGCUACAUUGAGAAAUCAAGAAAAUCCAGCAAACGAUAUAAAAAAAAUUGUUAAAGCUAUAGGGCAAGAUAAAUCGAAUUCUGAAGACAUGAAUAAAGAAGCUGGGAUCUAUAUGUUUAUCCCGCAUACAACUUUAACUCGAUAUUCUGGAUAUGUUAAAGACAAUGCAUUGUUUUUAGAUAUUCAAGUGAAAGAUAUAAAAACUAGUAUCUCUACGCCAUCUCUAACGUCAUAAAUAGCCGCAAUAUUAAAGCAAAUUAUUAAUAUAAAUAUUGAAGAAAAUGCGCGUAUCUAUGACUUUUACAAUGUAGUUAUCCUUAAACAACAGUAAAAGUAGAUUUUGUAUGUCUUAUAGGAAUUUAAUCAUUUGU